AUUAUCUGGAAAAGAAAGCGUGAAAAUAUUUGUUUUUUCAAUCAACUAAUCACUUUUCGUUCUUAUACAUGGCCUCUGCUGCAUUUUUCUCCACUUGCUCGUCGGCCAACGAGAAUUAUCUGCAUUUGACUCCUACUCAUGCUUAUGCAAAAGGGUUUGUUAACAACUUAAGAACUUCGAAUUUACCAUCCAUUGCUCUGAGAAACGAGCGUUUUGUUCGGCUGCGAGGUUUUGUAGCAAUGAGAGACGAGGGUGCUUCAAAAGUGAGUGAUGAUGGUCCGAGGAUGAAAAUCCCACAUGUUUUGACUGUUGCGGGGUCUGAUUCAGGAGCCGGGGCUGGAAUUCAAGCUGAUCUAAAGGCUUGUGCUGCUCGUCGAGUUUACUGUUCUACUGUUAUCACUGCUGUCACUGCCCAGAAUACUGUUGGAGUUCAGGGUGUAAGUAAUGUACCAGAGGAUUUCGUUGCAGAGCAGCUAAAGUCUGUGCUCUCUGAUAUGGAAGUUGAUGUGGUGAAAACCGGCAUGCUACCUUCUAUGGGCACAAUCAAGAUUAUUUGUAAGACCCUCAGGGAGUUUCCUGUUCAAGCUUUGGUGGUUGAUCCUGUCAUGGUGUCUACAAGUGGGGAUGUGCUUGCUGGUCCUUCUAUUCUUUCCACAUUUAGAGAGGUGCUCCUUCCAAUGGCUGAUAUAAUAACCCCAAAUCUGAAGGAGGCAGCUGCUUUACUUAAUGGUAUGCAAUUGGAAACAUUGGAUGACAUGCACUCUGCUGCAAGAUUGUUACAUAACAUGGGCCCAAAGAAUGUACUUGUCAAGGGCGGUGACCUACCCGACUCAUCAGAUGCUGUUGAUAUUCUAUAUGAUGGUCUUAAUUUCUAUGAGUUGCGUUCACCGCGUAUAAGAACUCGUAACACUCAUGGUACUGGUUGCAGUCUGGCAUCAUGUAUAGCAGCAGAGCUAGCAAAAGGCUAUCCAGUGCUCGCAGCUGUUUUGCAGGUAGCAAAACGCUACGUUGAAACUGCCUUGGAUUACAGCAAAGAGAUUGGUAUCGGAAAUGGACCUCAAGGCCCCUUUGAUCAUCUAUUGAGGCUUACGAGUCAUUCUCAAGAUUGUCAUAGGCAGAAGCCAUUUAGUCCAAGUGACUUGUUUCUGUAUGCUGUUACAGACUCAAGAAUGAACAAAAGAUGGGGUCGAUCUAUUGCCGAUGCUGUUAAAGCUGCCAUAGAUGGAGGUGUCACCAUUGUCCAAUUAAGAGAGAAGGAUGCUGAGACAAAGGACUUUCUGGAAUCUGCAAAAGCGUGUCUUAAAAUUUGCCGUUCACAUGGAGUUCCUCUUCUGAUUAAUGACCGUGUUGAUGUUGCCAUUGCUUGUGAUGCCGAUGGGGUGCAUGUUGGCCAGUGCGACAUGCCUGCUCGCGUCGUUCGCACUCUUCUCGGUCCAGAGAAGAUCAUCGGCGUCUCUUGCAAGACACCGGAGCAAGCACAACAAGCAUGGGUAGAUGGUGCUGAUUACAUCGGGUGUGGCGGUGUAUAUCCAACCAAAACCAAGGAAAACAAUACCGCAAUUGGUUUGGAUGGUCUGAAAACAGUUUGUGUGGCUUCGAAGUUACCUGUGGUGGCCAUUGGCGGAAUUGGUGUGUCGAAUGCACGUGCAGUGAUGGAAAUUGGUGUACCAAAUGUGGAAGGUGUCGCUGUUGUUUCAGCUCUUUUCGAUAGGGAAAGCGUGCUGACCGAAACAAGGAAGUUGCAUUCAGUGUUAUUGGGAUCUAACAUUGGUGGUACGUGAUAAGUUCUAUGAUUUGAUUCUGAUAGGAUAACUUUCCCAAUACGAGUUAAUAUUAAA